ACAAAAUAACCUGGACCUUCUUAUCAGUGCUAGUAUCAGAGAAAUUGCCACAGGUAAGAACGUGAUAAUGGAGGAAUUUGAUGUUGAAGGUUUUUCUUCAGUAAUGCAAAGGAUAAAUGCUGUCUGCCUCAAAAAUGGAUUGAAAAAUAAGCCGAGGUUAGUUGCUGUCAGUAAAACAAAACCCAAGGAAAUGAUAAUCAAUGUUUACAACCAGGGGCAGCGCCAAUUUGGAGAAAACUAUAUUCAAGAACUAGUAGAGAAGAGCAAUGAUCCUGAUAUCCUAGGGAAAUGCAAGGAUAUUAAAUGGCAUUUUAUCGGCCACUUACAAACAAAUAAAAUCAAUAAAAUAACUUCAGUUCCUGGACUUGAUGUUCUUGAAACACUUCAUUCAGAAAAACUUGCAGUUACAUUGAAUGCAGCUUGGGAAAAGGCAAAGAAGGAAGAACCUUUAAAGAUUAUGGUACAAGUAAACACUAGUGAAGAAGAAGAAAAGAAUGGAUGUGAACCUAACACUUGUUGGAAAUUAGUCGAUUUUGUUAUGAAAAAGUGUCCUCAUCUCAAAUUCGUGGGCCUUAUGACUAUUGGUCAGUUUGGAUAUGAUUUGUCUCUUGGGCCGAAUCCAGAUUUUUUGUGUUUAAGUAAAUGCAGAGAUGAAGUUUGUGAAAAAUUGAACCUACAAAAAAAUGAUGUAGAAUUAUCAAUGGGAAUGUCUGAUGAUUUUGAACAUGCUAUUGAACUCGGCAGCACUAAUGUUAGAGUAGGUUCAUCAAUAUUUGGUUUACGAGCAAAGAAAAUUAAAGAGAAUAGUAAUAUAACUGAAGGAAUGGCUAAUGUAACUGUUAACUGAAGAAGAAAAGGCUUUUUAUUUUUAAAUAUUUAUGUAUAUAAUUUUAAUAAAAACUGUUGAUCAAUGGAGAUCGAUCCAAAAAUUUUCA